AUGACUAAAAAGAGGCGAAAUAACGGACGCUCCAAAAAGGGCAGAGGUCACGUUCAGUUCGUUCGUUGUACGAACUGUGGUAGAUGCUGUCCAAAGGAUAAGGCUAUCCGAAAGUAUGUGGUCCGUAAUGUUGCUGAAGCUGCUGCCGUUAAAGAUUUAACUGAAGCGUCGGUCUACACUGAUUACACUCUCCCGAAAUUGUAUGUAAAGUUACUGUACUGUGUAAGUUGUGCUAUUCAUGGAAAGAUUGUUCGUGGACGUUCCAAGGAGGCUCGCAAAAUUCGAAAGCCACCACAACGCCUUAUAGCCCCUUUUAAGCGCAAUAACUAA